AUGGACACACAAGCAGAAAUAUCUCAGAAGGACAUCUAAUGUUAUCCCCGGAUUGUGACAUAAAAGAUAAUGACAGUAGACAGGAUUCUCCAGGAGAUAACCCCAUUACCCCAAUUAUACAUCCAGCUCUAUCAGCUGAUCCCUCUGAUCCUGGGAAAUGUUCUCCUGAUCACUCUGAUAUUGGUGCAUCUGUUACAGCUCUGAGAGUAGAUACAGAGUUUCCCUGUUCUAUAGAUACCAAAUGUUUUACACAGAACACAAAGCUUAUUACCCAUCAUCCAGCUAAAGCAGGUGAGAGGCCACUGAUAUGUUCUGAGUGUGGGAAAUGUUUUACAAAGAAAUCAUAUCUUGUUAUACAUCAGAGAAGUCACACAGGUGAGAAGCCGUUUUCCUGUUCUGAGUGUGGGAAAUGUUUUGCAUGCAACUCAAAUCUUGCUACACAUCAGAGAAAUCACACAGGUGAGAAGCCGUUUUCCUGUUCUGAGUGUGGGAAAUGUUUUUCAUGGAAAUCACAUCUUGUUACACAUCAGAGUAGUCACACAGGUGAGAAGCCAUUUUCAUGUUCUGAGUGUGGGAAAUGUUUUACACAGAAAUCAGCUCUUGUUACACAUCAGAGACGUCACACAGGUGAGAUGCCGUUUUCCUGUUCUGAGUGUGGGAAAUGUUUCGCAUUUAAAUCAUAUCUUGUUAUACAUCAGAUAAGUCAUACAGGUGAGAAGCCGUAUUCCUGUUCUGAGUGUGGGAAAUGUUUUGUAUGGAAAUCAGAUCUUGUCACACAUCAGAGAAGUCACACAGGUGAGAAGCCAUAUUCCUGUUCUGAGUGUGGGAAAUGUUUUGCAUUUAAAUCAUAUCUUGUUCCACAUCAGAGAAGUCACACAGGUGAAAUGCCGUUUGCCUGUUCUGAGUGUGGGAAAUGUUUCGCAUUUAAAUCAGCUCUUGUUAGACAUCAGAGAAGUCACACAGGUGAGAAGCCGUAUUCCUGUUCUGAGUGUGGGAAAUGUUUUGUACGGAAAUCAGAUCUUGUCACACAUCAGAGAAGUCACACAGGUGAGAAGCCGUAUUCCUGUUCUGAGUGU